GCUAACUCCCGAGUUGUUGCCUCCUGCCGUUUGUACCCUGGUAACUGGUCAGUGCUGUAAGCAAGGCGUCCCGUAUCAGAGGAACUGCGCCAAAGAAUGUCAAUAAACCUGUUGUAAGACAGCACAAGCAUUAGUCCUACGUCAAAAGAUGGAAGUGCAGGACCAGGAGUCUCUGGGGAGAUGGGACGGGCUGGGCAGCCGGGAUGCCAGCUCCAGAUCUGCAGCCAUGGAACACAUCGGCCAGGAGGUCAUGAAGAAAGUUGAGGCUAUCGGGCCCAUACCAGCAUCGCCUCCCUUGCCUCCAGCACUGGGAAGCCUGCCUAACAGUGACCUGAAUGACAUCCUGGCUCACCUUCUCAUGCUCUCCAGACGGUGUCCUUUCGAAGAUGUCAAGGAGCGAUGCAUUCGGCUUCUAAAGGCUGUCCAGGACUUGGGAGUGAGAAUACCAAGACCUCUAGGUAACGGACCAAGCAGAUUUAUCCCUGAAAAAGAGAUUCUUCACGUCAGUAAAGUGGACGCCAGGACACAGUCGAUAUUUGAGGAUGCAUUUGCAGCCCUCGGUCGCCUUGACAACAUUUCCCUAGUCAUGGGCUUCCACCCGCAGUACCUGGAGAGUUUUCUGCGGACGCAGCACUACCUGCUGCAGAUGGAUGGACCCUUGUCUUUGCACUACCGACACUACAUCGGCAUCAUGGCGGCAGCUAGACACCAGUGUUCCUAUUUGGUCAACCUGCACGUGAACGACUUCCUCCAGGUCGGGGGAGAUCCGAAGUGGCUCAACGGCCUGGACAAAGCCCCGCAGAAGCUGCAGCAGCUCGGCGAGCUCAACAAAAUCUUGGCCCACCGACCCUGGCUCCUCACCAAGGAACACAUCGAGUGCCUUCUGAAGGCCGAGGAACACAGCUGGUCACUGGCAGAGCUCAUUCACGCCGUGGUCCUCCUCACACACUACCACUCCCUCGCCUCGUUCACCUUCGGCUGCGGUAUCAUGCCCGAGAUCCACUGCGACGGCGGACACACUUUCAGACCUCCCUCCCUCAGCCAGUACUGCGUCUGUGACAUUGCCAACGGCAACGGUCACGCUAAUCACCACGACGAUCCACUUGGCGACCAUGAGAUGUGUGGCGAGGUGGAGGUGCUGAUGGAGCGCAUGAAGCAGCUGCAGGAGUGCCGUGACGACGAAGAGGCCAGCCAAGAGGAGAUGGCCACUCGCUUUGAGAGGGAGAAGACGGAGAGUAUGUUGGUGGUCACAGCGGAGGACGAGGAGUGCGUCCCCUCCAGAGACAUCUCCCGACACUUUGAGGACCCCAGCUACGGCUACAAGGACUUCUCCAGGAGGGGCGAGCACGUGCCCACCUUCAGAGUACAGGACUACAGCUGGGAGGACCACGGCUUCUCUCUGGUCAACAGACUGUAUCCUGACGUCGGGCAGAUGCUGGACGAGAAGUUCCAAAUGGCCUACAACCUGACCUACAACACCAUGGCAACACACAAGGAUGUGGACACCAGCAUGCUGCGCAGGGCCAUCUGGAACUACAUCCAUUGCAUGUUCGGCAUCAGGUAUGAUGACUACGAUUACGGAGAGAUAAACCAGCUGCUGGACCGUAGCUUUAAGAUCUAUAUCAAGACCAUGGUGUGUAGUCCUGAGAAGACCACCAAACGAAUGUAUGAGAGUUUCUGGAGGCAGUUUCAGCACUCCGAGAAGGUCCACGUUAAUCUGCUUCUUAUGGAAGCGCGAAUGCAGGCAGAACUGUUAUACGCUCUGAGAGCGAUCACCCGCUACAUGACAUGAAGUGCUUUUGGCGUUUUUUUUUUUUUUUUUAUAGUUGUCUUUUUACUGUCAGUGUUGUUGCUCAUUAUGGGACACUUCAAGGAAAAAAAAAAUCAAAGGGGGGGAAUUCAACAAAAAUAUGGAAGAGAUGUGAAAAGCCUUGGGUUGUGAUGACGCUUGUCCCGGUGUUGGAUGGACGCUGAGAAGAGGAUCAGAACAAAAUGAAAGCAAGAAAAAAAAAGAGUGAAAGAGAGAAAAGAACUGUUGAAGCAAAGUCAUCUCAAACAACAAGUGGAUACACAAACUCAGUUCGUGUUGCCUGCAGUGCCAAAACUGACCAAGAGAGGGCAGCCUGGAACAGACUCCUGCUUCUCCUGAGGGGGGUGGUUUGUGCCGGGCCGGAGCGCUGACACCGGAGGCAUCCAGGACGACGUUUCAGUAUUCCAGCGUGCGACACAUUGGUUGUCAAUCUCUUCCAUCUCCUGGUAGAGUGAAGACCCAUAGAAAAAAAAAAUCCCCCAUAAAAGCUGUGCAGCCUGAAACAGUCUGCACUUUGAUUCUGUCGUCACUGUUUUGUUUAGUUUCUUUAAUAUCUUUUUAUUUCAUUUUUGUAUCAAGAGAAGUGGAUGUUGUUGUCGAUGUGGUUGCUGUUAGUGGUAACUGGAGAUGGAAGCAUUAUUUUGGGCGGUGUUUUUACGUGUGCCUGAACUAUCCAGCACAGUGUGUAUACGUGCUGAUGCUGCUGCUCCCAUAUUGUAUUCAGCGGGGUCAUAUUGAUCCCAAAAUCACCCUCCCAAACCCCAUCAUACCCCUUUUAAACCCCUAUCCAUUAGAAAUCCACUGCAUUACCCCUCCCCUCCCUCUUGUCCUGUACUCCUUUACCCCCUUCCCAAAUCUCAAAUGUCAAUGUAAGCUAAUCCAAGGAGUGUGUGAAAACCAGAGGUGUGGAAAGAAACUCAAAGAACACUGAGCCCUUUUUGAGUUUGACUGUACAUGUGUGGAUGAGUCUGUUGUGUUCAUGAUGACUGAGAAGUGGAUGUUUGCGUGUGUUUCACAGAAAUGACGGAAAGAAAAAAAAAGUACGUCUUUUGAAUUUCAUGUGUCAAAAAAAAAAAAAAAAGAUAGCGAGGCACUUUGAAGGAAAGACUUCUUGCUUCUGCUGUAGCUCUGUUAUUGUGAGAUAACUGUUUAUCAUUUGUUGUUUUGAUGAUGAUGAUGAUGAUGUCUUUAUUUUUCUGGUAAUGGGAAAAAAGAAAAAAAAGCUAAUCAAAAAGAAAGUUAGAAACCAGGUUUUCCAGGAGGGAUUUGCUUCCGGUUGCCCUAACCACACCUAUCUUGUCUUCCGCUUAUCCCAGCUGCCUGGUCGCCCUAACACUUUCGAAGCUUUGGAUUGUGAAUUUUACCAGUAAAUGAAUACCUCUUCUGUUUUCUCUAUAAAACAUAUAAGAAGUGCUCUUUGGUGAGCAGAGACUCUUUCCGGGCUGCCGUGUUCCCAUUGCUAGGGGACCGUGCUGGCCUGAACAGGGCCGACUGCGGUCGAUAGCUGUCGAACGCAAAAGGUUGUAGCUGUGCUUAUUUCCCUGCUGGGGAAGUCUAACCAGUGCAAAAGCAGCUUUUUUUGAACAGAGGUGUGAAUCCUCUGCCUUUUUUUUUUUUUUUUUUUUUUGUUUA